CCAUCAUUCCGUAUCACACUAUAUACUGAAUCUACUGAAAAACGUGCGAGAGAUUCUCCAUUCUCUUGAAGUCUCGUUCGCCUACCACACGCAACAGACGUCAACCGUCAACCGGCCUUUACUUAAACAAAGCGAGAACAAUGCCGAAGAUAGACCGUAGGGAAACAAGGGACCCAGUCAAGUGCAACUAUCAAUCGCUCUUCGUCCACCUAUCAGCCCCAAGUUUAAAGCUUAGCACGAUUGUCAGUAUUCCACGAGUUGGGCAGUAGCACUGGCAUCCAACAGACCUCCUCUCCCUCGAUGAACAGAUGGAAUCGUUCAUUCAGAGUUCAUAACACUUCAACGUACGUGAUCCUUCAAUCACCAACGAUGACGUGACUUUAUUGACAAAUUGCAAUUGCUUCAUUUCAUUUAUAUUUAUUGCUAAAUUAGCGAGAAUGAAUUGAAGCUUGCACUCAGUAGUUGAACGUGCGGUCUGAUAUUAAAUUACUCUCCACGAGAUAUAAGUGAAUUUAUUGAGAAUGGCUGCAGCAACUGGACUCUGGGUGUUCGGCUAUGGAUCUCUGUGCUGGAAUCCUGGAUUUGAAUUCAAAAGAAGUAUGACGGGACACGUGAAGGGAUUCGGGAGACGGUUCUGGCAGGGAAACGAUAGCCAUCGAGGAACUAGUGCCAAGCCAGGGCGAGUAGCCACCCUGAUAGACGAUAAAAAAGAAAUCACGUAUGGCCGAGCGUUCGAAGUGACUGGAAGUGCAGCGUUACCUUAUCUUGAAAAAAGAGAAUGCACAUUAGGUGGAUAUUUAACGACGAUAUCGACGUUUCAUUCGCGAGACGGAUCGCACAGUUUUCCAGUGGUAAUCUACAUUGCAACUAAUAAAAAUAAACAUUGGCUCGGUGAUGCCCCCAUCCAUGCAAUCGCUCAACAGAUUUUAGAAUCCGAAGGACCUAGCGGUCAUAAUGUGGAGUAUCUCCUCAGAUUAGCGGAUUUUAUACAUCAAUUCAUCCCUGAAGCUCACGACGAGCACCUGUUCACCUUGGAAUUGAUCGUCCGUGCUAAAGUAAAAGAACUUAACCUGUGCCUGAAGACCCUCAUGGGUAAUCGUGAAUUCCACAUCCAAAUCGAAAUCGACAGAGACUCUGAUAGUUCUGAUAACGAUGUACAAGAUCUACAGGACGAUGUGCCUCGUCGGCAUUCAUAUCACUACACAUCCAGAAUUGCUGGGAAAACACUACGCUGCGUAAAACCGUAAUUUUUAUACCGUAUAACAAAGCUUGAACUUGACUGUACUCAAAGUGAUACUUUAAUGAACUUUAAAUGAAAAUAUUUUUAAUGAAUACUGAAUAACUACUAAGACUAUUUAUUUUGUUACACGUUGCCAGUGAAAUUUUCGAAUGUGCCUCUAUUCGUAAUUUUAUACAUCUUUUUUUUUCAUAAUAGCUGUUCAGCUUUAUAUUUAUUUUAUUAUUGUUAACGCACAACGAUCAUUAGUUUGUGAAAAGUGAAAGAAGUAGCACAAUUCCAACUAGAUAGAAUAACUAUUUGUCAAUGAAAUUCUUUGAUGAAUAUCACAUUGAUAUGCAUCGAAAGAUAAUAAUAAAUUUAGAACGAAUUUUUUCUAAAAUAUUUUUUUUUAUUAUGGUGUUUAUUGAUGAAUCCCAGCAUCUUAUCCAUUUUCAUGUUUUUGAAAGGAUUAGAAUAAGGAAAUACGAGAUCUUGAAGUUUAUACAACUCAUUGAAGGUCUUGUGAAUGAUUAAAAAGUGCAUAUCACACUCUAUAAUGUUUAAAGAAAUCGCAAGAAUUGAAUUUAUGCUUAAAUGAAGGAAAAAAAUAAUUUUUUUAUGGAGAUAAAUAAAUAAAGUCAAGGGCAAUAAAUUAUGUAGAAGUUUUACCCAAGUAUUGUUGAUAUAAUAAAAAAAAAUGGUUUUCCUUUU